UUUUGUGCUGAGGCUCAGGACUCUGGGACGCUGGCUGCACGAGUCAGUGCAACUCGCGUUUUCCUGCCUCAUGAACCGCUCCAACCGCAAGGUCCCCGACCCUCUGAUGGCCCGUGCAGACUCAGCCUCUGACAUCACUGUGAUCUUUUCUGAGGCCGUGCCCAUCCCUGAUAAGUUGUUUGGUGGCUGGUCCUCCACAGAGCCUGCCACAGGGGAGAUCCAGGCCAUCGCGGACCAGGUGAGGUCCCAGCUGGAGGAGAGGGAAAAUAAGAAGUACGCUGUUUUCAAGGCCGUGGAGUUCAAGAGCCAGCUGGUUGCAGGGAUGAACUUCAUCAUCAAGGUCCAGGUGGACGAUGAUGACUUCAUGCAUAUUCGCGUAUAUGAAAGCCUACCACACACAAACAAGCCCUUGGCCUUGACCAACUAUCAGACCCACAAAGCCAGGCAUGAUGAGCUGGCCAUUUUCUAGUUCUCCACCGUGCACAGAGCCCUUCAUCCACACGGCUGUGUCCUCCAGAUGUGCUCUGGGUCGUCGGCAGCAGUGCCGUCUGCGGUGGGGGGAUGUUAGCACCUUGCUGGUCUGUUUCUCACUUUCCUCGACUUGACCUUUUUCCUGCCAAUCAACAAUCUCGACUAAAUCACUUUCAAAAAAGACUUAUAUCAUCUUUAAAUACAUAUAUCUUUGAAGUCUA